ACAGCGAACACGCAAGAUGGCACUACUGAGUAUUUUGUUUGCUGUUCUAGUUGCGAAUGGCCCGGUGGUCUGGGCUGUAGAGACGUCGCCGGUUCAAGCGUUCCAAGACAAUGGUGUGGUGCCCGAUGUCAUCCCUAAAGCGCCAGUCGCCUUCGUUUCGAUAAAAUACCCAAGCGGAGUUGAGGUUCGAAAUGGUAACGAGCUCACACCUACCCAAGUGAAAGAUGCUCCGUCGAUGAUCUCAUGGGACGUAUCCCCAAACAGCUUCUACACCAUAGCCUUGACUGAUCCCGAUGCACCCUCACGCGCGGAGCCCAAGGCGCGAGAAUGGCAUCAUUGGCUAGUCGGUAACAUUCCUGGCAACGACGUGGCUUCCGGCGAAACUCUGUCCGCGUACAUCGGCUCUGGGCCUCCGCAGGGCUCGGGGCUCCAUCGCUACGUCUUCCUCGUCUACAAACAGCCUGGCAAGCUCACCUUCGACGAACCUCGUCUUGGUGAUCGAUCCAGGGACAAUCGUGCGCAAUUCUCUAUCCACAAGUUCGCUCAAAAGUACAAUCUCGGAGACCCGAUUGCUGGAAACUUCUAUCAAGCCCAAUACGAUGAUUAUGUGCCUUUGCUUUACAAACAGUUAGGUGCCUAAAAAUAUUAUACUAUGGAUACUUGUCAAAUAAAGCCUCAACCCUACGUACAAAAUAUU